GUAGCCUCCCUUGUUCAUUUGGCCAAUGGAAAAGCGACAUCUAAUUUCACAUGUUGAGAAAAAUGUCGGCGAUGUCGCUGAGUGUGCUGUCGGUUGUUGUCACAAUUCUUGUCGUAGAAGGCGCCAUUGAGAGACCAAGGGGUGUCCCACUUGCACGAGCAUCACUCUACCAGCCAAGGGCAGGAAAUACGUUUAAAUGUCUGACUUCUGGCACUGAAAUCCCCUUCGAGUAUGUCAAUGACGACUAUUGUGAUUGUGAUGAUGGCACUGAUGAACCAGGUACUGCAGCAUGUCCCAACAUGAAGUUCUUCUGCCAAAACAGAGGUCACGUAGCAGAAGAUAUUUUGUCUUCUCGUGUCAAUGAUGGUAUUUGUGAUUGUUGUGAUGGAUCUGAUGAGUACCAACAGGAGAAGAUUCAAUGUACAAAUACCUGCGAUGAGCUGGGCCGCAAGCGCCGUGAAGAUCUGCUGCGUGAGAAGGAGCUGCGAGAGGCAGGAUUCAACAUCAGAAAACAGUAUGUGGAAGAGGGCUUACAGAAUCUCCAAACCAACAAGGACCUAGUUGAGGAUCUUGAGAAGUCAAAGGAACAACUGACAACUGACAGGGAGGUGCUUGAGGGAAGGAAGAUGGAAGUUGAAUCCCCCGAGAAGGAAGCCAAAGAGACGCAUGAGAAAGCCUGGGAAGCUGUAAAGGCAGAACGGCAGGCAGCUCGAGACAAGCUGAAGGCAGCACAGGCAUUCGAACAGCUGGAUCGCAACAGAGACACAUAUAUAACAAUAGAUGAGAUGUUAUCCCAGUCUUGCUUUGACAAAAACAAGGAUGGAUCUGUGACAGUAGAGGACAUAAAGGAGUACCUAGAGGACCAAGAGCGGAGCACAGAGGAGGAGUUUGUGGAGAAGAUCUGGCCCAACAUCAAGGAGAUCUAUAAGCCCCCAGUGGAGGCGAGUGAAACCAAGGGAGAUGAAGAUGUGACUCCACCAACAGCUACUGAUGCAGUGAAACCCCCCAGUAUUAGCUCUGACAGAAAGCAGGUGCCCCCUCCCCUAGAAGAUAUACCAGAGGGAGGGGCACCUGAUGACAUUGAGGAUGAGGAUGAGGAUGGAAGUGAAGAUGAGGAGGAUGAAGAUGAUUAUAAUAUCCCUACAGAGGAAGAGAAGAAGACUGAGGAGGAGGAGGAGGAGAAGAUGCCAGACUAUCAUGAGGAGACUAAAAGACUUAUUGAAGUGGCAGAUGAAGCCCGUCGUCUGUAUGAUGAAGCUGACAAAAAAGUAAAAGAUGUGGAAUCACAAAUAAGCAAUGCCAAGAAGUACUUAGACAAGGACUUUGGACCAGAAAAUGAGUAUGCUUUCCUGUACAACAAGUGUUUUGAGUACACAGAGAGGGAAUACACCUACAAGUUAUGUCCCUUCGAUAAAGCCUCACAGAGACCAAAGUCAGGAGGAUCAGAAACUAACCUCGGGCUGUGGGGUCACUGGGAUGGGACAUCCAAUGAUAAAUAUUCAGCACAAAAAUAUGAAAAGGGACAGAACUGUUGGAAUGGCCCUGACAGAUCAGUAAAGAUACUGCUUCAGUGUGGGACAGACAACCAGCUGUUAUCUGCUGCGGAGCCCAGCCGCUGUGAGUACCAGUUUGAGUUUGCCACACCUGCACGCUGCACACAUCCAACGCCAGAAGAAUACCAGAUGAAUUCAGGUCAUGAUGAGCUGUAAUAUCCUGAUCUAUACUUUAGAAAAUGUACACCUUUUAUCUGCAAUACAUGAUCAGCAUCUCUCACUUUUAAUUGAAUAUUAUAUAUGUUCUUGUGUCAUUGAGUGUAUCCUGAACCUUUAGUUGUACAGUGUGUUGUAUCUCCGGUCAGUUAUGAUCACUACCCUGGACCCAUUCAUUGACAUGGCUUUGUUUCUCUUUGCCUAGGCACAGAAUUUCUCUUGCUCAUGAGCUUCAAAUCAGCAACAAAUCAGUGUGAUAUUUUGCAAGAUCAAUUUUACAAUUUGUGACCAUGUGUGAAUGAUAUAUUGAUACAUUGAUACAUUGAAUGAAAUGAGAAGAUGUUUUUCUAUGCAAUAAGAGUGGGGAGUAUGCUACCACGAAUUUCAGGAUGUGUUUCAACAUCAUUGUAAUUGGAUGAUUCUUUAUAGUUUUCUGCCAUCUCUACCUAACUGAAACCAAUGUUAUGGUAGGAAAUGGGUGCAGUGUAUUUAUCAUAAUGGUAUGGAGAUAUGAUACACUGGAUGAUCAAGGAUGAAAACUGAUAUAUCAGGUAUGACUUGUCACUCAUAGAGCAUGUCAGUGUAUCAGAUUAAAUGUACAUGUUCAUAAAACAGAUUGUAAGAAUGUUGAAUGUGUAAGAUAUUGUGUGUCUAAAUAAAAUUUCUACAAACUCCCAAA